GGGGGGCGGGACUCAGAGGCGCCGUUGGGGCGGAGUCAGACAUGAGCUACCGAUUGGCUAAGACGCUAGGCGGAGCCACCAGAGUAAAGGAAGAACCUCCCGCCCUCGACAAAGGGGCUGCGGUGUGUAACGUCACAUCCGGCCUGGUGGGCGGGAACGGGAAACAAAAGAAGACCAAGGACGCAUGCGUGUGCCGAGUCCCGGGCUCUGGUGGGUCCUUCCGCUGGGGUAGAAGGAAGCGCUUCCGGGUCGCUGCCGGCUGCCGCCUACCGGCGCGUCUAGGAGCCAUGUCCACCUUGUUCCCAUCACUCUUACCCCGGGUGACUGAGACACUGUGGUUUAAUCUGGACCGACCCUGUGUGGAAGAGACUGAACUACAGCAGCAGGAACAGCAGCACCAGGCCUGGCUCCAGAGCAUUGCAGAGAAAGACAAUAACCUGGUACCUAUUGGCAAGCCAGCUUCAGAGCACUAUGAUGAUGAGGAAGAGGAGGAUGAAGACGACGACGAAGACAGUGAGGAGGACUCAGAGGAUGAUGAGGAUAUGCAAGACAUGGAUGAGAUGAAUGACUAUAAUGAAUCCCCUGAUGAUGGCGAGGUCAAUGAGACAUGGAGGGCAACGAGCAGGAACCGGACCAAUGGAUGAUCUAGGUGGACAAGACACAGUGGGCUCCAGCAGACCCCAGGCCAGCCCCGCCCAGCCUGAACCUCCGGCAGAACCAGUGGAUCGCUCUAGUGCCUGGAAACUCACCCUCAGGCAGCACCUCAGCUUGUUGCCAGGAACUGGUCUCGGCCGCAGGCCAACAUUCUGCCCCUGAAUCUCCAGGGCCCAAACCCACCCCACCUGUGUGGCCAGUACCUCCCUGCUCAGUUGUUGGGCCUAGUUUCUUUGUAGCUCUUUAAUAAAGACACAGGACUGA